AUGGAGACUUUAGUGUUGAUCCCUCAGGACCUUAGUUUGGCCUUGAGGCCUGGUGGGGCCAGGGGGCGGGAGGCCUCGGUAAGCGUGUGGACCUCCAAUGAGCUGCAAAGGGGUACACUUCUGUACCCUUUCCAGGGUACAAUUCGGAUUGAUAAGCUCCAUGUGUAUUCUCACGUGCCUGACCAUGACAUACGCCAUCGGUUCGGUCUUUUCGACGAAGUGUGCACGUCUGGUGGUGUCCAAGUGCGGCAUUGUAACUGGGUUCGAUUCCUCAGGGUCUCGGAGAAUUAUGGACCUCAAGUAAAUUUAGUCUGUACGAAAGUUAAAGGGGAGCCUGUAUACGAAGCAGUGAAACCUGUGUCAGCUCACACCGAGCUGGUGGUCUACUACCUUCCCGAGAGACCUGAGGAAAUGUUCUUCGUCAGAAUGAGGAACAAUUUAUAUAGACAAACUAUGGAUUCUAUUUUAGAAGAUUCACCUUUAGACCUAUCAACGUCCUUACUAUCAAGAGUAUUAUUACCCAUAUCCCCACCAUCGGGGGCAGAAGACGAACACAAAUCAGUAUCAGGAGAUUCUCUGACGUCAUCAUCAGCUGGAUCAUCGAAUGAACUGUUAGACAUGACGCCGAAAGUCCAGAGGAGGCCGGCGAAGUCAGAAAGAGCUCUGUUACCUUGCGAAGUCUGUGGAAAAGCUUUUGAUAGGCCGUCGCUUUUGAAGAGGCAUAUGAGGACACAUACAGGUGAAAAACCCCAUGUUUGCAUGGUCUGCAACAAAGGGUUCAGCACGUCGAGCAGCCUCAACACCCAUAGGAGGAUCCAUUCGGGGGAGAAGCCUCAUCAGUGCCAACAUUGCGGGAAGCGGUUCACAGCCAGCUCCAACCUUUACUACCAUAGGAUGACGCAUAUUAAGGAAAAGCCGCACAAAUGCAACCUCUGUUCCAAGUCGUUCCCGACACCUGGAGACUUGAAGUCUCAUAUGUACGUCCACAGCGGUUCCUGGCCAUUCAAAUGCCACAUUUGUUCCAGAGGGUUCUCGAAGCACACCAAUUUGAAGAAUCAUCUAUUUCUACAUACUGCUAAACAUCAAAGAAAUAGUGCCAGGGACGCCACUUGA